CUCGAUGUCUCCCCGGGAUAAGAAGCUGGAAGAUUGACAAGGGAGAAACCCAACGCUCCCAGCACGUCUGACCAAGGGUGUCACCACCUCCUGCCCAGGAGACAUGGCGCGAAGAGCAGACUUGCAGGCUCAACACACGCGUGAGCCCAGGACUGGGGAGGAACAGGAAGAGAAAGAUCCAGCCCCAUCAAAGGGAUAAAAACAACAGGUUUUUUUAGUUUGCUUCAGAAGAAAUUCAGACGGAUAUUAGGUUUUCUGAAGGAAGAGAGAGAAGGUCUCCGAGGAAGGAGAGCUACCCUGGAGUGCAGAAAACUGGAGGAUCUGGUAGGUGUCAGCCUCCCUGGCCUGUCAGUCCCUGGGCACUAAGAUAUCAUCUUUAGGAUCAUUUCUUUAGAUCAUUUUUGGCUCCUUGGCACCACUGCUGUGUCGUUAAGCCUAGGACCAUCACAGCCUUCUGCCCAAAUACAUGCAAAGCUGAUUGUGGCUUUUAUCAGCAGGGAAUAUAUUUCUGCCCAAAUCCGUGUUGCUUUUUUUAUUAUUAUUAUUAUUUUAUUUUUUAAGCAUCGAGUUUGAUUCCACCCCCCUGAUUUCUCCAGGAAUUCAGCAAAAAGUUGGAAGGGAUUCAGGUUGAACAGUGAGCUCCUCCUGUGGCAAAUGCCUCUCCAUGAGUUCCUCGUGGUAUUUCCCGUCCCACUGCUCCUUUGUUUGCAUCUUAAAAGGGAUGGAGAGAAGCUGAGCCCUGGCAAACCGUGCUUGGAUUUCGGGUUCCCAGGAGGAUAUGAGCUCUUCUUGCUUUCACAGCUGGAAGACCUGAAAAAUGAGAUUGAGAAGAGGCAAGCAAAAGCCACCACCAAGCUCUCGGAGGAGAUUUCCCAGCUGGACAGCCUGACAAAAGCACAGGAUAAGAAGAGCCAGCAAUCGGAUGUGAAAAGCCUCGUUACCAGGUGUGGGAAAGUGACUUUCCAGUUGCCAGUGAAUGUUUCUCCAGAGCCAGAAGAGAGAUUCUGUCAUUUCUCAUGGAGGAAUAGUGCUCUGAAGGAAACCCUGAAGAAGCUUCAAGCCAGCAUCACCCUGGACCCUGACACAGCUCACCCUGACCUCAUCCUCUCCGAGGACAGAAAGAGCGUGAGACGUGGAGAAGCACGGCGGGACCUGCCUGAUAACCCCGAGAGAUUUGACUACUGGCCCUUCGUGUUGGGCUACCAGAGCUUUGCCACCGGCCGGCACUGCUGGGAGGUGGAGGUGGGGGAUGAAGGGGACUGGGCCGUUGGGGUGGCCAAAGAGUCCAUCGCUCGGAAGGGACAACUCAGCCUCUGCCCCAAAGGGGGGAUCUGGGGGGUGGAGAAGUGGGGGGGACAGAUCCGGGCACUCACCACCCGCAAGGUGACCCUCCUACCCCUGCGGAUGCUGCCCAGGAGGGUCAGCGUCCACCUGGACUAUGCCGGAGGGACGGUGGCAUUUUUUGAUGCUGAUGAAGGGGGGCUUAUAUUCAUUUUUUCCCGAGCUGCAUUCACUGGGGAGAGGGUCCACCCAUGGCUCUGGGUGGUGGGGGCCAGGUCUCAGCUCAGACUAUGUCCCUGAGACACAGAAAUCAGCACCCCCCAUAAUUUCCAUAGCCUUGUUGGACAGCCACUUGGCUUCCGUGCUACCCUUGGGGCCGUGGGGAACAGAAGAAAUGGGGGGACUUUGGCUUUUAAAGGUCCUUCAUCCCCUUGAGACUAGGGGAUUGAUAUUGGUGAGGAAUGUCGGGCAAAAAAAAAAAAAAAAGAAAAAAGAAAAAAAGGAAAAAGUGCUGCAGAAGGGACCUGGGGUGUGGAAGUGGAAAAUGGUGGGCAAAGGGAAAAAAAACACAGUGGCAGAAAGGCAAAAUUUCACAGCAUUUAUAUCAAAUUUAUAUCAAGUUUCCUUGAUCAAAUACAG